CCCAGAAGGGUGGAUCAAUGCAAAACCCUGGUGCUGCGUUUCAGUUUCUUCGUUUGGCUCUACUCUGUAUAUGUUGAUUUGUAACCUUCGUUCUCGCCUAUCACACUCCAUUCCUUCAUUUCAAUCCUCAUUCUUAAGCAGUUGCCGUCAUCUCACAGAUAUGGCGGCAGAGAGUGGCAAGAGCUUUGCUCGGAGGGACCGUCUUCGAGAGAUUGAAGUCAAGGUCCAAAAAUGGUGGCAAGAGAACGACGUUUUCAGGUCAGAACCUGGCGAAAAGCCACCACAACCCGGUGAAAAGUUCUUCGGAAACUUCCCUUUCCCUUACAUGAACGGAUACCUUCACCUUGGCCACGCAUUCUCCCUCUCAAAAUUGGAGUUCGCCGCAGCCUUCCACCGUCUCAGAGGCGCCAACGUGCUUCUUCCUUUCGCGUUCCACUGCACUGGCAUGCCGAUAAAGGCUUCGGCUGAUAAACUCAGGAGAGAGAUUGAGCAGUUCGGAGACCCACCUGUUUUCCCCGUUGAGAGAGAGGAGCUUGAGGAAGAGAAGCCAAAGGAACAAGAAGAAGCUGAAAACAAUGCCGGUGCAGCACCUGAUAAGUUCAAAGGGAAGAAGUCGAAGGCUGCGGCGAAAUCAGGUGGACAGGUAUAUCAAUGGGAGAUUAUGCGUAGUGUUGGUAUAUCUGAUAGCGAGAUUUCGGAGUUUCAGGAUCCUUAUAAGUGGCUCACUUAUUUCCCUCCAUUGGCCGUGGAUGACCUCAAAGCUUUUGGGUUGGGUUGUGAUUGGAGGAGGUCAUUCAUUACAACUGAUAUUAACCCCUAUUUCGAUUCGUUUGUGAGGUGGCAGAUGAGGAAGUUGAAGUCAAUGGGGAAGGUAGUGAAGGAUGUGAGGUACACUAUAUUUUCUCCCUUGGAUGGCCAGCCAUGUGCUGAUCACGAUAGAGCGAGUGGCGAGGGGGUUCUGCCGCAAGAGUAUACGAUUAUCAAGAUGGAAGUGUUGAAGCCUUUCCCUCCCAAGUUUGAGGUUCUUGAAGGGAAGAAGGUGUUCCUUGCUGCUGCGACUUUGCGGCCUGAAACAAUGUAUGGGCAAACCAAUGCUUGGGUUUUGCCUGAUGGAAAGUAUGGAGCAUAUGAGGUUAACGAGAGUGAGGUGUUUGUUAUGUCAUAUAGGGCUGCACUUAACCUUGCAUACCAGAACCACUCCAAGGUCCCCGAGAAACCUACAUGUUUACUUGAACUCACCGGUCGUGACUUGAUUGGCCUUCCACUAAAGUCACCGCUUUCCUUCAAUGAGGUCAUUUAUGCUCUUCCUAUGAUGUCCAUUUUAAUGGAUAAAGGUACUGGGGUUGUGACUAGUGUGCCUAGUGAUGCGCCAGAUGACUACAUGAGCCUGAAAGAACUGAAAUCAAAGCCAGCUUAUCGCGAGAAGUUGGGUAUUAAGGAUGAAUGGGUAGUGCCUUUUGAGAUUGUGCCUAUCAUCGAAGUUCCCGUGUAUGGAAAUAAAUGUGCAGAGUAUGUCUGUGAGAAUGAGUUGAAUAUCAAGUCUCCGAAUGAUAAAGACAAACUUGCAGAUGCUAAGAAGCGAACAUACUUGAAAGGGUUCACGGAAGGAACAAUGAUCGUCGGAGAAUAUGCUGGGAAGAAAGUCCAGGAGGCUAAACCGUUGAUUAGGAGCAAGCUUUUGGAAACAGGCCAGGCUAUUAUCUACAGUGAGCCUGAGAAACGAGUGAUGUCAAGAUCUGGUGAUGAAUGUAUUGUAGCUCUCACAGAUCAGUGGUACAUUACAUAUGGGGAACCAGAAUGGCAGAAGUUAGCUGAGGAGUGCCUGUCCAACAUGAACCUUUAUUCUGAUGAGACACGUCAUGGAUUUGAGCAUACUUUGAGCUGGUUGAACCAAUGGGCUUGUUCACGUUCAUUUGGUCUUGGCACACGUAUACCAUGGGAUGAACAGUACUUAGUAGAGUCACUUUCUGAUUCUACUAUAUACAUGGCUUAUUAUACUGUUGCGCACCAUUUACAGAAUGGAGACAUGUACGGUUCCAGUAAGUCUUCUGCAAUCAAACCUCAGCAGUUGACUGAUGAUGUGUGGGAUUACAUUUUCUGUGAUGAUCCAUUUCCCAAGUCAACUGAUAUUUCAUCAUCCCUUUUAGAAAGAAUGAAGAGAGAGUUUGAGUAUUGGUAUCCCUUUGAUCUUCGAGUUUCUGGUAAGGAUCUCAUCCAGAACCAUCUUACCUUCUCCAUAUAUAACCAUACUGCAAUUAUGUCCAAGAACCAUUGGCCUCUUGGGUUCAGAUGCAAUGGUCACACAUUGCUCAAUUCUGAGAAAAUGUCCAAGUCCACUGGAAAUUUCAAGACAUUGAGAGAGGCCAUUGAGGAGUUCUCUGCAGAUGCUACAAGAUUUUCUUUGGCUGAUGCUGGCGAUGGCGUUGAUGAUGCAAAUUUUGCCUUUGAGACAGUAAAUACUGCAAUUCUGAAGCUCACUAAAGAAAUUGCAUGGUAUGAAGAUGUUCUGGCUGCUGAAUCUUCAAUGAGAACUGGUCCCCCAUCAACUUAUGCUGAUCGUGUGUUUGCUAAUGACAUAAACAUUGCUGUCAAAACAACUGAGCAAAAUUACUCCAAUUACAUGUUUAGGGAAGCUCUUAAGACUGGCUUUUAUGACCUACAGAUAGCUAGAGAUGAGUAUAGAUUGUCAUGUGGAGUUGGAGGUUACAACCGUGACUUGGUGUGGCGCUUUAUGGAUGUGCAGACACGUCUUAUAGCACCUAUAUGUCCCCAUUAUGCAGAAUUUGUUUGGAAGGAGCUUCUGAAAAAGGAUGGUUUUGUUGUGAAGGCUGGCUGGCCAUCAGCCAAUGCUCCUGAUCUUACCUUGAAGCUUGCCAAUGAAUAUUUGCAGAAGACCAUUGUUUCGUUGAGGAAGUUGCUUCAGACACAAAUUUCUGGUAAGAAACCAAAUAAGAAAGGCGCUCCCGUUCCAGCUGACACUAAGGUAACAACAGGCUUGAUAUAUGUAAAUGAAGAGUUUGAUGGCUGGAAAGCUGAUUGCUUGAAUAUUCUCCGGAGCAAAUUUGAUGAAGGAACACGAACCUUUGUUCCAGAUUCAGAGAUUUUGGAGGCUCUGCAACAGAGCCCUCUAGGUCAAUCUUCCAAUUUUAAACAGGUUCAGAAGCAAUGUAUGCCCUUCUUGAGGCAUCAAAAAGGGGAAGCAAUUAAACUUGGCUCACAAGCCCUUGAUUUGAGAUUGCCAUUUGGUGAAAUCGAGGUUCUUAAGGAAAACUUGGACUUAAUCAAGAGACAGAUAGGUCUAGAAAAUGUGGAGAUUUUGUCUGUAACUGAUACUGAUUCUUUGGCUAAAGCUGGAUCUUUACGACCUGUUCUAGAAAAAAAUCCUCCCACUCCUGGAAACCCAACAGCCAUCUUUUUCUAACUCAGUAGUUACUGGGUCACUAUAAUACUCCACUGAGGAACACGUGUGGUAUCAUCCUAAUGUAGCAAUCAUACCGUCAUGCUAUGCUGGAUUGCUGGUGGCUGGGGGAGCGCUUGAGCUUUUCUCGUGGAUAAAUAGUUUUGUCUAGAAUGGCUGAUCUAGUAUUCAGGUUUUGCUUCUUCAUGUUCUCCAGAAGUUAUCGCAUCUUGGCUUUUAAUUUGGUUACUCCUUUAGUUUCCUUUACUAUUAAUUCUGCAACAUCUUCAUGGCAUAUUUGUCAGUUUUCUGUUUUAUUUGGAAAAUUACAUUUUAUUCCAAAGUGUUCUCAUAGUGAUGAGAUCUUGUAUUAUUUGACAGAAAAGCCAUUAAAGCAUACUUGAAAAUCUUUUUGAUAAAA